GCCGUGACGCUCAGGCCCCAGAGGCCCUGCCUGCGUAGUCCGCGGUGGUGGCGGAGGUGGCUGUGCCCCGCCCUCCCGCCGCGACUGGUCACCUUCGCUCUGGAGCAGUCGCACUGAGGCAGAAAUGCCGCCGUCGGACCGGGGCCUGCUCUUGCUAGGCCUGGUCCUGGGCUCCUUCUGCACCCUUCUAGGAUCCGUGGCGCCAGGCAACAAUUCCAAAGGUCAUCUCACUGAAGCCGCACCCUCCCGUGCAGAUGCUCUGAAUGUCCUUCUAAUCAUUGUGGACGACCUGCGUCUCUCCCUGGGUUGUUAUGGGGACAAGCUCAUAAGGUCUCCAAACAUCGACCAACUGGCAUCCCACAGUCUCCUCUUCCAGAAUGCCUUUGCCCAGCAAGCAGUGUGCGCCCCGAGCCGAGUUUCCUUCCUCACAGGGAGGAGACCUGACACCACCCGCCUGUAUGACUUCAACUCCUACUGGAGAGUGCAGGCUGGAAACUUUUCCACCAUCCCCCAGUACUUCAAAGAGAAUGGCUACGUGACCAUGUCAGUUGGAAAAGUCUUUCACCCAGGAAUAUCUUCUAAUCAUAGUGAUGAUUCUCCAUAUAGCUGGUCGGUUCCACCUUAUCAUCCCUCCUCUGAAAAGUAUGAAAAUACUAAGACAUGUAAAGGGCCAGAUGGAGAACUCCAUGCCAACCUGAUUUGCCCUGUGGAUAUGGCAGACAUACCUGAGGGUACCUUGCCUGAUAAACAGAGCACCAAGAAAGCCAUACAAUUGUUGGAAAAAAUGAAAACAUCUUCCAGUCCUUUCUUCCUGGCUGUUGGGUAUCACAAGCCACACAUCCCCUUCAGAUACCCUAAGGAGUUUCAGAAAUUGUAUCCCUUGGAGAACAUCACCCUGGCUCCUGAUCCCCAUGUCCCUCCUGGCCUCCCUCCUGUAGCCUAUAACCCCUGGAUGGACAUCAGGCAGCGGGAGGAUGUCGAAGCUUUAAACCUCAGUGUGCCCUAUGGCUCAAUUCCUGUGGACUUUCAGAGGAAAAUACGUCAGAGCUACUUUGCCUCUGUUUCCUACAUGGACACGCAGGUUGGCCACCUUUUGAGUGCUUUGGAUGACCUUCAGCUGGCCAACAGCACUAUUGUUGCAUUUACCUCAGAUCACGGGUGGGCUCUAGGCGAACAUGGAGAAUGGGCCAAAUACAGCAAUUUUGAUGUCACUACUCAUGUUCCCCUGAUGUUCUAUGUUCCCGGAAGGACGGCUCCGCUUCCAGAGGCAGGCGAGAAGCUUUUCCCUUACAUCGACCCUUUUGAUUCCAUCUCAGAAUUGAUGGAGCCAGGACGGCAAGUCGAGGACCCUGUGGAGCUUGUCUCUCUCUUUCCCACACUCGCAGGACUUGCAGGAUUGCAUGUUCCACCUCGCUGCCCCAGUCCCUCAUUUCAUGUGGAGCUGUGCCGAGAAGGCCAGAGCCUUCUGAACCAUUUUCAAUUUCAUGAUUUGGAAGAGGAUCUGACCCUCCGUGGUAAUCCCCGUGAGUCCAUUGCCUAUAGCCAGUACCCCCGGCCUGCAGACUAUCCUCAGUGGAAUUCUGACAAGCCAAGUUUAAAAGAUAUAAAGUUCAUGGGAUAUUCCAUACGCACAAUAGACUACAGGUAUACUGUGUGGGUUAGCUUUAAUCCCCAUGAAUUUUUGGCUAAUUUUUCUGAUGUCCAUGCAGGGGAACUGUACUUUGUAGAUUCCGACCCUUUGCAGGAUCAUAACAUGUAUAAUGAAACCCAAGGUGGAGAUCUUCCCCAAUUGUUGACACCUUGAGUUGUGCCAACCAUAGAGGGCAUAUAUAUGUAAUGUGCUCCCUUCUGGUUGGUGACAGAAUGAGUUAGAGCUGGUUAUUUUGUAAUAUCCCUUAAUAUUUGAAGAGGUACCAAGGGGUAUGCAAUGAAAAUAUGCAUGAAUAAUUUGGCCUAAAAAUAUAUAACAGCCAAACAUUUUUAUUUGCUCUUUAUUAAUUUCUAAUUGUUAAUUAAACUGGGGCUUGGCUGAUCCUUUUCCUUCCUUUUUUUGAACAGUCAUAGCUUAUUUAUUGAAUGGAUAUGUACAGAGUGAGCAAACUAAAAUUAUUAUACCUUUAGAUAUCAAGAACAUAAUAACCAAACAUAGCACUAUAUUCAAGAAAUACUUUGUUUGUGGAAUUUAGUACAUUUCAAAAAAGUAAGCAUAUAUCAAAUUAGGUUCAACACUAAGUUCCUGGUUCUCUAUAACUUAAUAAUUUGUCUUAGUUAAACCAAUAUAAUAAAAGUAUUAUGUUAACAUGUAAUCCAAAUUUCUUUUUAAAAUGUGAAGUUAAAUAAUAAUGCUAGAUGCCAAGGUCUUAAAGUCUUAUCUUAAAUUUUUGUUUCUAAGAUCAUAAAAUUUCAAAAUCCAAAGAUAAAAUAUAUAUAAAGUGAUUAAUGUGGAAUUUCUACAUCAAAUAAUAAAUAAUACUUAGUAAACUUGAGGCAUGAGAUGUAUGAGAAUUUCAGUUAAAUUUUUUUAGAGACUUUCUGACCCAAAUAAUAAUUUGUUAGUAAAUAAUAUGACCCAUGAACCCAAAGGCCAUCUAUUAAAGAGUGUUAUUUACAAUAGAAAGCAUUAAAAGGAAUAACUAUCCAUGAAUUGAAUCACAACCUUAUUAGUGUUCCUCUUCAAGGGUGUUUUGUUACAGACAUCCAUUUAUCCAGGAGGCAAGAAAUAUUCUAUUUUUAAUUACUGAUUAAAUAAAACAUUAACUUUAUUAAAUUAUAAAUUAUUUUGAGAAUUGUGAAAACUUUUUAUUAGUAUAACAUUAGGUAAUUUCGAAUCCCCAAGAAUGUAGUUCUGUAUUCUCUAAAUAUGAAAGUAACCAAAAAUACAAGUGGUAGUGAUACACUUAGCCUAUAUCAUUUUAAAAAGGAUGCAAUAUUCACAACUCAUAUUUCCAACAUGUUGAAGCUGAUUAAUUAUCAUUAGUCAUAACAAGAGUUAACCACUUUCUAAAUAAACAUAAUGAGCCCUAUAUUAAAGUGAGUAAUAUUUAGUAUUUCUGUUUGUACAAGUGCAUCAUUGUUUAAAGGUAAAUGCUUGUAAAACAAAAUACAGCAAAUUAGAGUGUAGUAAGUGGUAACCAAAAAAGGCAAGAUAUUAUAUUAAAAGAUUACUUCAAAUCAGUAAAAUUUCAGAAUUUUAUAAUUAUUUUUUACUAAAUAGCCUACAAUAGAGGUAUAUAUGGUAAUACAACGAUCUUCUAAGUGAUUAAGUGACUUAGUGUUCUGGCAACAACAAUUUCUACUUCAGGAGGGAAGGCCUUAUUCAUCUCCCCAAUUCUGAAGCUCUUCUCUCUUGUGGAAGUCUCAGCUUCACAUGUAGACGGUUUCCCUCAGCCUUUUCUUUUAAUGCUUCAUCCACUUUAUGGAUCUUAUCACUUCCACUACAAUUUUUACAAUCCAGUCUGUAAAUUUCUCAUGACAUAUUUUCAGUGUUUUUAGCUUUAUUUCCUACUCUACAGUUUCAGUAAGUUUUAUCACAGUUUUAUUUCACAUUCUUUGUUGCUCCUAUUGACUAUGAUACAUACACUCAUCACUUUUUCUCACUUUAUUUCUUGAAGCACAGUUUUAUUAUAAAAAAUCUCCAAAUUCUGCAUUUUUUUUAAAAUCAUAAGCUGAACUAUGCCGUUUCGGCAGUAAUUUAUCUGCAUUACUAAAGCAACAUCUGGGUCUUGCAUGUUGAUCUGUCUCUGCUGGAAGUGCUUCAUGAGGGUGUAGCCUCAGAAUACUUCAGCUCUCUUUAGGUUGUAGUUUUACUUGGCCUCCCUUUACAAAUCUCUCUUUUUAGAAGUUCUGCAUUUCACAUUCAGUGCCAUACUCUUCUAAAACAUCUAACAAGUUAUGGUUGCUUUUUGUUUAUUUGUGAUACUGAACCCAAUUUAGAGCCACUUUUGUUUCCUUUUGUAUGUCUCCAACAUACAGUGGAAUGAGCAGCCACUUCUAGUUUUUAGAUAUCAAAGUUGACCACAUUCCUUAUCUUGACUUAGUUUAGAUAAACCACAUCUUUGUUGUCUCACAAUCUCACUGAUCAUACAUCUUUUAUUAAUGGUUCUCCACUCACUUGGUUUGUAGAAAGUCCCAUUUCACUUGACCAGGGGUUCUUUUAUACAGUUCAGUUAAAACUAGAACAAGUGAUCCUAAUAAUUUUGAAUGGUCCUAAUCCAGUGGAUCACAAAUAUGGGGGUACAUCAGAGAACCACCUGAAGGGCUUGUUAAAAUCCAGUGUACUGGGCCCUUCCCAUAAAGGUUCUGAUUCACUGUGUCUGGGUGAGGCCUGAGAAUUUGCAUUUCUUGCAAAUCACUCUGCAGCUCUAAAGACCACACAUUGAGAACCACUACCCCUAUGUGUGUACUGUCCAGUAGGUACAUGUGACUAUUAAUUGUAAAUUAGUUAAAAUGAAAUAAACAUUUCAAAAGCAGAAUCUCAAUUGCACUUGCCAUAUUUCAAGUGCUCAAUAGCCGCAUGUGGUUGUUAGUGGUUACCAUGUUGGACAACACAGAUCUAGAACCUUUUUGUCAUGACAGAAUGUAGAUUGAAUGGAGUUGCUCUACAUUAACUCUGCAUUUGAGCUGGAUCCACGUGGUUGUUGGCAAGUUCCUCCUAUGGGCUGAUUCUCUACCCUGGGUUUGCCUGUGAAGCCAUGUCCAGGAGUGAGUGAAGUAUGUUUGGUUUAAGCAUAGCAUAGGGAGUUCACUCUGGCAAUCAACCUCUUUUUCUCCAUUACCAUGGCCAUUGCCUCAGCCCUUCUCACCUCCUUCCCAAGUAGUUUACCCACCCCUCUUCUUUCCUCCCUCAGUCCCUAAAGAAUCCAUGUGUCUUCCUGAAAUCCCUCUUCAAUCCUGCCCUUUGAGAACACCAUUAGUGCCUACUACUGGGUCUACAAAGACCUCCGCUGAGCAGUCAGAGUCUUCCCUGACUCCACAAAUCCCCUUCCCUCGGUUGACCAGUUUGUAUACUGGUCCCUCACUUUCCUUUGCCAAUCCCUGCCUCCCCAUCCACCCCUAGAUUUUUCCCUCCCCCCUUCACCAUCCAUUCAUGGUCAUUCUUCACACCCUACUCCCGUGCUCCCACCUACAAGAGGGUGAGGGUUUGUGACUCUCUAGACUACAUCUUGGGAUGAAAUGAACAUCACUAAAGAAUCUUGUGGUCCCCUUACUUUAAAAAAGGUAUUUUUUUUCUUGAUUACAAAAUUGUGGUAAUUAUUAGAAAAAUUGGAUAACAGAAAUAUAGUAAAAGGUAAGAAAAUGCAUCAGUAUUUUACCCCAAGAUAGUCACUUAAUAUCUUGUCUUUUUUGGGGUGUGAAUUUUUACUAGUAUAAGGUUGUCAUCAUACUAUGUGCUUUAUUGUACAAUUUUGUAUUCUUGGUUUUUUCCCCACUAAUUAUUAUAUGUGGUUACUACAGAUUUUUGUAAAGAUGCUUUAUACUGGUGGGAAUAUAUUUUAUUGUGUAGUUUUUAUCAAUGUACACAACCUUCUUUCAGUUAUUCAACGUUUAAGUUAUUUCCAAAUUUUUAGUAUUGCAAAUAAUGCUGUGAUUAACAACUUUUUGAAUAAAAUUUUUAUGUAUUUCAAAUUACUCUCUUAGGAUAGUCUUUCAGUGGCACAUUGUCAAAAGCUUCUCUAUUUUGCUACUCUUCCCACUCUCCUGUUACCUUAGGGCAGUGAAGCUAACAAUAAAGCAAAUAAGCAUACAAAUAAAAACCAUGAAAUCAACAAACCCCCAAACACCCACCCCUAAUGAUAAUAGAUAAAAGUGGUAUUUUAUUUUACCUUCUAAUUCUUUGCUCAUUAAAGACUUUGAUCAUGUUCUCUCUGUACAAUUGUUGGACAUCUGUAUUUCUAGUAUGUGAAGCUGCCUUUUAAAUUUGGUUUUGGGUUUCACUUUUUAAGUAAUUAAACAAAUUGUUCUUUUCCUAUGUGAUUUUUCCCUGUCUUUUCCUGUUAAACCUGGAGACCUCUCUCAUUCUGGAGAUUGAAUAAAUAUUCAUAAUCCUUUGA